GAGACUCCAUCGAUCAAGAAGGCCAAAGCCGAAGGGCAGCCGAAAGGAAAAGCCAAGACCAAAGCUAAGAGUCAGAUUGGCGGCGCCAAGACUGUGCAGCCUGCCGUCGCGAAGCUGCCAGCGAAGGGCUGCACCAAGGCAAAGCCACCAAUUGUGUUGGAGAAGGUCACUGUCUACACGUGCCCAAAUUCGCACAAUUGGCGGGUGAAGCCGCAUGGCGAGCGCAAGGACAAAGCCUUUUCCUGGAAGUGUGGCACGCAAGAGGCUUGGCAGAGCCUUCGCGAGCACGUGCUGUCCUUUGGCAACUGA